GCUACCUUCCUGAGCACAGGGAGAAGUUAGCACUGGGCUGCCAGUCUGGUCCGUAGCCACGAUGGAUGCAACACCAUGCCUCCUGCUCGUCCUCCUGCUCGGGACAGGGAUACAAGUAAACAGCGCCCUCCAGUGUUACUGUGACCGCUGCAGCGCAAAUUCCAGCUGCACGACAGAUGGCGUCUGCUUCGUCGCCAUACGCAAGUCCGGCAGCCGAUUAACCAUUGAGCAGCGCCAGUGUGUACAAGAAAGUGAACUGUUCCCGCGAGACCGGCCCUUCAUCUGUGCCCCGUCCGUUAAACAUGACACGGGUAUUUACCCAAUAUGCUGUACCGCGGACUACUGCAACAAAGAUCCUGACCUUGAAUAUUUCCCUGUCCCUACAGAACCGCCUCCUCCCCUGGGCCCUGUGGCCCUUGCAGCGGUGAUCGCAGGCCCAGUGUGUGUUCUCUGCCUGCUGCUUGUUGUGGCAUUUUAUGUUUGCCACAGCCACAGGGGUCUGGGAGCCGGGGGCGCAGGGGCCCACCAUCACCACCACCACCGGGUCCCUAAUGAAGAAGAUCCCUCCAUGGACCAUCCCUUCAUCACUGUUGGAACGACACUGAAGGACCUCAUCUACGACAUGACCACCUCUGGAUCUGGAUCAGGUCUGCCGCUGCUGGUGCAGAGGACCAUUGCCAGGACCAUUAUCCUCCAGGAGAGCAUUGGUAAAGGGCGUUUUGGAGAGGUGUGGAGGGGUAAGUGGCGUGGCGAGGAGGUGGCCGUGAAGAUUUUCUCCUCCCGGGAGGAGCGCUCCUGGUUCCGUGAGGCUGAGAUCUACCAGACCGUGAUGCUAAGACAUGAGAACAUUCUGGGCUUCAUUGCUGCUGACAACAAAGAUAACGGGACUUGGACUCAGCUGUGGCUGGUGUCGGACUACCAUGAACACGGCUCCCUGUUUGACUACCUGAACCGCUACACCGUCACUGUGGAGGGCAUGAUCAAACUCUCUCUGUCCACAGCCAGCGGCCUCGCUCACCUCCACAUGGAGAUCGUGGGAACACAAGGCAAACCAGCGAUAGCCCACAGAGACCUGAAGUCAAAGAACAUUCUAGUGAAGAAGAAUGGUACCUGCUGCAUCGCUGACCUGGGUCUCGCUGUCCGCCAUGACUCAGCCACUGACACCAUCGACAUCGCUCCAAACCACCGAGUGGGAACCAAAAGGUAUAUGGCUCCAGAGGUCCUGGACGACUCCAUAAACAUGAAACACUUUGAGUCUUUCAAGCGGGCCGACAUCUACGCCAUGGGACUGGUCUUCUGGGAGAUUGCCAGCCGCUGCUCUAUGGGAGGCAUCCAUGAGGACUACCAACUGCCCUACUACGACCUGGUUCAGUCCGAUCCAUCAGUGGAGGAGAUGAGGAAGGUGGUUUGUGAGCAGAAGCUUCGGCCCAACAUUCCUAACCGCUGGCAGAGCUGUGAGGCCCUGCGGGUGAUGGCAAAGAUAAUGAGGGAGUGUUGGUAUGCCAACGGUGCCGCCCGACUCACCGCGCUCCGGAUCAAGAAAACCCUGUCCCAGCUCAGCCAACAGGAGGGAAUCAAGAUGUAGACGCAACCACCAAACACGCAUACACGCACACGUCUCUGACUGGCAUUCAUAUCUUUAGCGUAACAGCAUUAUAUUAUCUUUAAUAUUAUUCAUCGAUUCUUCCUCCACUUUUGUUUGAAGGGAAGUGAAGAAUAUUUUCCAGCUUGUGCUCUUAUUUUUCAAAACCCAUUUCAUUCAUUGAUAACCUGAUAGAUCCUCAGGAACCAUUCGUGUGUGUGUGCUGCACUGGGCUGACAUACACACACGAAUGGCUGGAUCGAUGGAUGGAUGGAUGAUGGACAGAUCAGAUGGUUGUUUCUGAAGCGGAUAAAGGAGUCAAAGGAACCCUCAACUCAUUCUCCUCCAUGUUAAUUCACUACAUUCAUCACAAGAAGUCUUUCACAGACCCCAUAAAGGCAACUGGUGUCCCGCUCAACUCCCGCCUCCACCGCUCAUUACACCCCCAGCCAAUUAGAGCUCACACCUCCUCAGCUAAGCUCAAGCCCAGACAGGGAGCUGGACAUCAGCCGGAGAGGCCCCUGAGCUGCCGGAGCUUCACUUUCAUCUCCUCAUAUCUUCAUUACCGUCUCCCAAUUUGUACAUUUGCAUUUCACUCUUUACUUCGGACAUUAAGCUACUCUUCAGUGGGGCUGCAAGUCACUCAUUUACAUCUUUGGAUAAUUAUUAAAUGAUGAAAUAUUCAAAGAUCCUGAGUGUAGAAAAACGCAUGAACCUAAGACUCAGAGGCUGUUACAUGCAUACAUACAUUCUUGAAUGGAUGUAAUAAUAUGCACAACUGAUUUAACAAAAGAAAAUCAGUGAAUAUCUAUUUAAUCAACACAUUUCAAUGCAAACAAAUUCUAUUUGUUUUUUAAAUAUAAGCAACCGAAAACCAUAUUGUGUAGUUCAACCACUGCUACAUACUUAGUUUAAAUUUGAAUACCCCUGCAUUAAAGCAGUGAACAUUUUAACAAUGGGAAACAACAAUCUGAAUAGACAUAGUUUAAUUAAUUUUAAUUUUAAUUUUUAACUUUGUAUGUAAAUCUCAGUUUCAACUUCUGAACUUUAAAAAACAGCAGGGAUGGCAUCAACUGGGACUCUGUCUAAUCAGGUUUAGUAUUGAUCAGUGUCAGAUCUAUAUCAAUAGUGAGUAACAGUUAAAUAUCAACAACCUUGUGUCUCUUCAUAAUAAUGAUGUCUUGAAAUUUAAGCUAAGGAAACAACUUUGGAGAAACAUUUAAGCUAUUAAAAUAUUAAGCUAUUAAAAUAUACAGAUGUUGAUCAGGAUUCCUCUCACUGCAAAUAGUGACUCGGCCAUGGUCAAUCAAGGUAAAGGAUGAUUCAGCAGUUUGUCAUGUGAAGUUGUUUGCAGCCCUACUCUUGAGUCAUGUUACAGUAGCACUUGGGACUGAAGCAAGGAAGGAAUCAUGGUACUGUGUGUGUGCUGCUCUGUGGGGUUCACACACACACACGUCGGCUUCUUCUAGUUGAGUUGUAAAAGCAGAAUCUCUCAUCUCUGCAAGAAUUUUGCACCUGUUUUUUCUUCUGUUAUUGUGUUUCCCCGUCUCCCAUCAUGUUGUCAGGGAGUCGGACAGGUCAGUUUAAUUUAUUGUAUUUCUUUUUUAUUUUCUUUUUGGUGGCAGGGGAUCUUUUGCAAAACUUAACAGGACAUGAUGACCUCAUUCAUUUUUGGCGAACAUGCUGCAACAUAUGCAAUAUACAGUAGAUAAAUGUGUCUAUUUUCUAUACUCUGCUAAACCACAAACACCAAGAACAACAACAACAACAAUCAGCUGCCACCAUGCCUUCCAAGCCAGCUGUUACCGGAAAGUGCCAGUGCUUUAAAAACCCAACUCCUCUCAUGUCGGCUGCCGUGGAGUCUGUGUUCUCGAGUGUAUGCAGCUCUUUGCGCGUGUGUGUCAGAGGAGGCCCGCGGGAGCCCUGCCGAGCACUGCAAGCUCGUACUAUGCACACCCAAGAAUAGGGAUGGAAAAGCAAGAAGGGACACGCUGCACGUCACAGCACCCACAGUCCAGCCGACACCCUGGUGCCAUUUCGUCGAACCCACAUCUCCCCCACCCCCCUGACACCUGAACACCUCAGCAACAACUCAUUUUACAGCUUCUCUUCUCAGCGGACUGAGUCUCGAAACUAAGCUCCAGCACCUCAAACUGUGUUAAGUUGGGAAAACUUCGCCACAAAAAGCUCACGGCGAUUUUCAAAAAGAGACACAAAGACUUGUUAGCAUUACUGUCGUCGCCCUAUAAAUGUAAACUCUUGGAUUUCUGAUUUUUGUUUUCACACGUGUUUGCGCCGCUGACCGCGCAGCAGCACGAAUCAACCUUUUAAGUGGUUUCUUCUCUGUAGGAUAAUCCACAACAAAAAAAAAAAAUCAGUGAGGUACAUUCAUUUAAAUAUAGCAAACGGAUAAUUACUAAGCCAUAGGUUUUCCAGGUGUAUCUGUUUGUUUUUUUUGUUUUUUUUUGUGGCAAGUUGUUUUUCUACUAGAAUGUACAUUUACGAAAAACAAAAGAUGAAAAAAACUAUGGACAAUUAUGUCAUUUCAGCUUAGCAAGCCUUAAGGGACCAACGCAGAGGAGUCAGGAUCUGCUCUUAUUCUUUUCUCCUUGUUUUUGUUUUCUUCUCUCUUUUGAGAUAAAUACCAAUCAUAGGGAUCAGUGAUAUAUGAUCAUUGAUCCCUAUGAUAAAGAUAGUGUCAUGAUUCUAUCUAAAGGAUAAAAAAUAUAUAAUGUAGCAUCUGAUUUAAUAGUUUGUUAGUUUGUUUUGUCCUGUUGCCAAAAUUGCCAUACAUCUAAACCCAUUCUCUUAAUCUACAGAUUUGCUUGUGUCUAAGUUCCAUCUGAAGCAUAAUUCGUUACCAUCAUUACAGUUUAAAUACACAAAGUAUUAAAAGGUCAAAAAUGAAUACACCCAGUACAUGAGAUCUGCCAUUCUCAAAGAAAUCCCACAGUCCCUUGAUUGUUCAGCAAUAAGUGCACUUCUGAACCACUUGGGGGUUUACCUGUGUGGCAGUUUGGUCGGUGAGUUUGUCUUGUCUUCAUUGUUUUUCUGACAUUAUGGAUACAUAACCUAUUGAUGUGCUGCUAAUUAGUUGUCCACCUCGCUUUUCAAAGUCGAGGUGAGAGCUGCCGUUGGAUGUAAAUAUCCUCAAAUUGCCUAAAUCUGCUCAUUCUGUGCCAUGUUGCUCGGACGCUCAUUUGUUAGGCAGUCCUCUCAAAGAUUUGCUGAUGUGUGUCGACGCGGUGUUUGCAGCCGCGAUUUCUGGAAGAGCGGAGAGUCCACCUCUCUCACUGCAGCAGCUCAUUCCACUGAUGAGCUCUCUCAAGAUGCACAUCAGUUCAAUCAGCUGCUGUAUGAUGAAACGCUGCAGCCUACAUUGACCAUGUCUGAAAACCACCGUGCCAAUCUUUCAAUGGGGUUCACAGGAGCUUUUUCUCUCCACUUUGAGGCCCGAACAGUUAAAAAUGCAUCUAGAGACAGUUUUCCCGGAUCAAAGCCUAAGUUUAGACGAUCCCACGCGAAAGCAAGGACAUCUUUUUUUCAGAAAACAAUCAAAAGUACAUUUACUCUUUAAAACCCCUAUUAAUGGCUUUUGUAGCAACUGAUCAUGUAAUAACAAACAUAAUACUAGAAUUUGUCUAAAUUAAAAAAUAGAUUCAUUAAAAAUCUAAAAUGAUGGACAGUUCCAGCCUAAGUAGACUGAGUUCUUAAACCGGUUACUGCAAUGGCUCUCAAUCAAACACAUACCUCCGCCAAGGACAGGAAUGUGGUAGAAAUAUAACAUAGAAAAGGAAGUGCUCUGAUGACCUAAAUGAUUUGUCAUGUUGUGCCUUUGGGCAACCAUAUGUUCAUAAUAAAUUUGCCCAUCAGAAAAUAUUUAAUAUUAAAUAAUAACUUAAAUUGAUAAUGAAGUCCCCCCGGGGCACCACCCUUCAAAGAUAGGGAAAAUAUAGAUGAUUUACUUAUCCAGUCUCAUAAAAUCUAUGAAUUUUGAACUUUUUGGGAAAUUUGGAAUUUAACUUAAUUACCGUAGCCAAAAUUACCACACCAAGUAGUUUGCAAAGUUGAAGGAUUUGGAGUUCUUGGCAGUUUUGAAGUUGCCCAAAUUCACAAAGCAAUAUUAAUAAACAGACAGCAUGUGUGUUGAAGCAACAUUUGAACAACAACAGUGAGCUUUAUCUGCUAAUGAAGACUGUGGUAGAAGUGAAAAAGUUGGUUUUGAGUGGAGGUUUAUAUUGCUCAUCAUUUCUAAAGAAAAAGACAAAAUCUAUCUGACUGAAAUAUCCAAAAGCCGUUGUAAAAAUUACGUCUUCAGUUGCUACAGGUUUUAUUCAGUAGUUCCCUUGUUAUCCUUGACAGAAUUCGGUGAAAACCCCGUUUGACAAACAGCAGUGCAGGUGUGACAAAACCCCCUGUGUACCACUGCUCCGAGUCGCUGUGAAUUCCUAAAUAUCUGGAAAUGUUCAGCAGUGGCAGAAGGGACUUAGAAAUCCUUGUAAAUGCCUUGUGGAGUAGACAACAGAAGAAAGCUAUCCUAAUAUUUGAAGAAAGCAAAGUGGAUAUUGCUGCUACAUUAAAUACAAAAAGGGUGACAAACUAUGCUGAAUUAAAUGUUCAAUGUGUAAACUAGUGGGUCAACUGGGCCUUGCCAGGCGAAACCAGGGCCAAUGCUUCUUCUUUCUAAUCCGUGCGGGUGGCAGGGUGAGGGAUUGGUGGUGGUGCAGGAAACCCUAAAUUUCAAAUCUCUACCUUCCCUUUAAGAAAGCCCUGGCUUGUCCUACUGGGCCUCUGGGUGAGAUUGAACCUGUACAGUAUGCGUAUUCCAUUUCAAUGUCAUUCUCUGGGACGUUAGAAACAACAAUAGCUCAACUCAACAGCACCUCUGGUAUGCCUCUACUCGGACAACCUUCAUUCUGUCUUAAAGUCACCAGCAGCCUUGUACUUUUUCUUUUUCAAAACCCAAGAUGACUUAACUGUAAAAAGAUGUUUGCAGCCAAUUGUUGUUCCUCUUGUGGUCUUUAUACAGCAGUUGUUCUCUCCUUGAUUCUAUCUUGCCUUUCUCUCUUGUCAUUCCAUGUUGUCUAACAGACAGAUGUCUCAUUGCUACAAGGGCCACACUUGAUUGCAGUCACUUCUCUUGCCUCACAGCUCCACGCUGGCUGAAGCAACUCGCGUCCAUCCCUGCCAAAUUUUACGUCCUUGUCCCUCUGAACUCGGAGCGUGCUUGAAACAAACCAGUUUAUAUGAUGCAAUGAAUUGCACAGAUUUCCAGACACUCUCUCCUUUUAAGGCAUUCAUGGUGUUGUCCUCAGUUCUACACAAGACGAGACAGAAGUCACCUGAAACCGUCUCACCUCCAUGCUGCAUAUUCCUCAACUUGUUAGGUUUUGAAAGUUCAGAAACUUGUCAGACACAGCCAAGACCAGCAUCCUGCUUUUUAGUAGUAAAUCAAUAUAGCGUUAGCAUUAUGAGAUUGGAUUGUUAGGGGGGGAAAACAAGGUAAAUACAUAAUUGAUGCUGCAGAACCAGAGGUAUUAUCUUUUUAAUUCCACACAGUUUUCUACUUUUUCUACACAAUCCGGUGCCUACAUUGACCACAAUGCAACUCAACCAGGAACAGUUGGAUCAGAAAUUUGUGAGCGUCAUGCUAAUAGCAGCUAAUCUAGCAUUUAGCUUCAAGCAGGGAUGAGGAGAGAGUAAUGAGGUCUGAUAAGCUCAAAUCUUUUUCAGGUUACUCGAAGAAGGGCUGCAUCCAACACAAUGUAGUUUGUAGGUUUCUGAUCACAUCAGUUUGACCAACAUCAUGAAUGUCUUCCAGGAGAGACUUUUCUUAAGUGUGCUUCUUAAUGUAUAUGUGAAAGCAGUGUUUACAGGCUGCAUGAAAUCGCUGGAAACUUGUGUAGACAUGGCUGAUCAUUUUGUACAAGCUUGCUUCGAGCAUGCAUUGACCUUCAGGAUCCUUUUGUGUGGAAAUCAUUGGGGUUAAAACUGUAAAACAUGCUUUCCCUCCAUAAUUUGUGGGUUAUUUGGAUUUGACCGUUUUGCUUGGUUAUUUCAAUAUCUAAACCAUUUAGAAAAAUACAAAGAAAACCCACUGUACCUCCCCUUUGGGAAUCUCACCCCGUCUUUGUGUAGCUCAGAUUAAAGGGGGGGGGUGGGGGGCACUGUACACUGUACACUGCUGAUAUGCAGGGUCCAUAUAAUUUCAAACCUCAGUUCCCCACAAGUGAAGGUCAUGAGUGGGAAAACGUCAUGGCUGAGCCGUUUAGUGACUCAAACCCAGACAAAUGUGCAGUCUUCUCGCGCAACACUUCUUAACCGAGAAAGGUAGAAAACAAGAGUUUUCUUCUGCUCUGUGAACCUGGAUGGAGGGACCAAGACGGAGAGGUUAACAUGAACUAUGCCAGCAGCUCUACCGCUUCAAACCACGCACUGAGAAAUUCCCACAGCUGUGAAUGUAUCAGACCUCUCAGAGUAAACAACCGAUCUGAGCACAACCUGCAUAGCUCAACCCAAAGGUCGUGGCAGCAACGUAGUGAGCAUUGCAAAUAUCCGCCACACGCACGGGUCUGUUUCUACGUCUCUGCCUCUCGUUAUGCAAAGUCUGGGCCAAACAUGUUUGCCCACUCAGUCCCCCUGGAUGACCAGGAUGAAUGACCUUACUAUGCUCGUAUGAUCCACACACUGUGAAGAGGUCCGUGUUAGGGUCAAAAGAUUGAACCGUUCACCUUUCGUGGUUUCCCUCUAUCGUCUCGGCGGAAGUCUGAACACCUCAGUGCAGUGCUCGAAAGCCAGGGAAGUGUUAUAGGUCGAUGAGAAGAGGGGUUUGGGUCACUAAAGGGCUCAGGCUCUGCUCAGUUACAAAGUUUGCUUCUCCAGUUCGAUGCUGCUGUGAGGCCUUUGUGGCAACAAGGGUGGCAGAAAGCUUUAUCAUGUUUUAUUUGGUGCCUAAGUUUGACAAGACUUCUUUUUUACCUUUCACCUCGAAUGACAAGACUGCAUGUGAUUGUGUCUGCAUUGAUGUCUGCAUUAUCUGCUUUAUAGAUAUCAUCCAAAAGCUGAGAUCUUAAAAAAGCAUAAUUAACAUAUUAAAAAGGUCACUUAAUUGAAAAGAAAAUACCUCCUUUUAAAGACCAAUGUGUUUUACCUCACUGUAUAUAUAUAUUCUUGAUUUGUUUACUCCAAGUUUGCAAUUUAUCUUUCUCUUUUGUUUCUAUGAAAUGCUUAAAAAAGUUGAAGAGAAAAAUUUGUUUUUCUUUUCAAUUGUACUUUUUUGUCAAAUGGCAUUGUAUUGUGUUUGUGUUGUGCCCAAGCAGUAUACUAUUCCUCUUUUACCAUGCUCUGUAUAUGACCUGUUGGUUGUGUUCUGCGUGAGCUGUACAGUCAAAGCGCUUUACAAAUGUCCAAGCCCCCUUCUGAGCUCUGGUUAAAAAAAAAAAAAUGCCUUGUUCAAUAUAUUCUUUUGUUUAACGAAAAAAAAAAAUUGAAAAAGAAGAUUCAAAGUGGAGGUGGAGGAGGCUGGAAGUGAGGGGAAGGACUGUAUACCCCUCGACAACGGUCAAACUCUCCUCGUUCCACAAUCCUCUUGGAUUUCUAAACAUAUUAUAAUCUUGACUUUUUUUAUAUAGUAUGUACAGAUGAAUGAGAGAUCAGCAUAGGAACUAGAGGAUUGACACUUAUGUUAACUUCUAACAUAGCUGGAGUAGAAAAUGGUGUGAAUAAAGAAACAAAGUUUCACUACAA